AGAGAGAGGUUUAUAGCAUCAGCAGACCACCAAAGAACAGCAAGCAAAAAUUACAUUUUUUUCUUUUUUAUAGAUAAGUCAUAUUUGUAGUGAAUAUUCUUUUAUUUCCUGUUAGUAGCAAUGAUGCGGCUCUGAGAGAAGACAAAAGGAACCACCUGCUGCAAAAAUGCCUUGAGGAAAAGAUGUAAUCUGGAGCUGAGAGACACAUACAAAUCUUUUGAGAUGGCAGAUUUCAGCUGGGACAGAAGAGGACUCUGCAUCCUGCUGCUCUUUUGGAUUUUAGUCCCUCCAUCCCUCAUGCAGCCUCCUCUCCCUCUCUCCCUGCCGGUCCACAUGUCGGUUGUCCCUCCGGCCUGGCAGUUCCUCCCUCUAUCUCAGGUGGAGCUGGGCCCUCUUUUCUCCAACUUCACCCCCUUCUCCUCCUCCCAGAGCCUGUUCAUGGUACGCCCGCCUGGUGACGCCCCCAGACCAGGUUUCCAGGCUUCAUUUGGGCCUUACUCAGUUACACAGCUCCUAUCAGAGCCUCUCCUCCCUCUCGCUCCUCUUCUGUCAGCAUCUCUCCUCUCAGAGCAUGUGGAGAGAGAGAGAGAUAAGAGCGGGCACAUGAGGUUCAGGGUGAGGACACUGUUUCACAAGCGAGGUGAAAACAGCACCCAAGGGACGUGCGUCACCCUGCAUGCAUUCAAGGAGACUGAGGAGCACAAAGCCUCGUGUAUCACACAGCCCCCUCUAGGGCUCUGCGUGGUAACUCUCACGCUGCCCAGGGAUUGGUUCGAGAAUCAACACACCAACCAAUCACAUCUGGAUAUGGAAAAGUGGCCCAGUAACCCCUACCACCGCCGCUGGAUGCAAACCCGAGAACGGCAGCGGAGGGGACAUCGUCGCGGCAACGCGGCCAACCAUCUGCAAAGGUCUUCCCCUUCGCUGAGAUACCCUCUAGGCUUUGAUGAGGGCACUCAGGGCCAUUUUCCAUGGGCCCUCAGAUACCAACGGGCUCCCAUCACAAACCAAAUACAGCUUUACUACUCGUCCUCCGACAUCGUGGCUGACCUACAUCCGACACCACCUGGAUGUGUGGAGGACAGAGCAGCUCAGUCCCAGAGGCAGCUCUUCCAUAUCAAAGCAGUGACUCUGAAGGAGGAAAAGAGACAGCAGAGCAGGACCAAAGAAGAAGAAACAUGUCUGAACACGCAGGAAGAGGAGGAGCUUAGCCUGGACCCCCAUGUCAUGAUUCGCUAUCACAGGGGACCUGUCGUGAUAGGACAGCCCAUCCGAGUGUCUUUGAAUCUGAGAGCUAACUUCAGUGGUGAGCUUGUUGUCAUAAGGCUAAAGGUGAAAAAAGGCUUGGUGUCGAUGGUGGCCCAGAAAACUCUGACCUCUGACCUGUGGGCAGUGACCCUGGAGAAAAACCACGGCUCCAAACAUGACGUUGUCUCCAUCCUGUGCCACAAACACAGCACGCACAAGCACACACACAAUCCCACGUCACUACAGCAGGUGGUGUGUCUGUCCGUCCACGGCCUGAGGCGGAGCUUUGGUGUGGCCAUGACGGUGUCUGCUAACUGGUGGGUGGAGUUCUCCGGGCAUGUAAAGCCCCCGUGGCCACAUGGAGCAGCAGUGAGCAUCUUCUCAUUUGCUGAUCGACACAUCUUCAGCAUCACCCCCAUCACAGAGAGUAACACGAUCAUCAACACAGCCAUACUGACCAACCAGCCAGUGUCACUUCCUGUCAUUGUGCUGGCCAUAGACCAUGAUGGAAAGGUGUCAGAUGUCACGUCUGCAGUCACGUGCCACUCUACCAACGAGAACACUGUCAAGGUGUCCAGCGAUUGUUCCACCCUGUUUGUGGACGGCAGCGAAUCGGGGCUGGGUAACACCUGUGCAGAGGUGGAGUUUCUACUGGGUGUGCUGCGGGGCUCCGUGUGUGUGGAGGUGUGGGCUCCUUCAGUGCCCCUGCGAGUGUCCUUAUCAGACCCCGUUCUCAACGCCAUCGAUGGCUGGAGCCACUUCACAAAGACGGGGUGUGUGCCGGUGUAUCAACGCUCCUCUCUUCAGGUUCUGACUCGGUUCACAGCUCAGGAUUCUUAUGGCAGAACCACACACCUCCUGGGCUCAUCUGAUUGGUUCGUGGAUGUUACGGACUUGGUCCGUAACUGGCUGAGAGUAGAGGACCCUCGAGUGGCUUCCCUUGGCGCCCACAACGACCUGAUUGGUUUACAUCCAGGAAAGACGUCGCUCCAUAUCGUCUCUGAGCAGUGGGAUGGCGUGCUGGGCAGAUGUGACAUCACUGUGACCUCUGACCCCGUAACUCCUGGGGACCUGUCUGUGCAAGUGGUCAGUGGCCUCGGCAUGUCAGUCACGGCCAACCCAACGCAUCCUUCCAUUGUAACAACCACAGUAACUGCCUACAACAUCCUCUACAACCAUCAUCAGGAAGCUUCUAUCAGUGUCUGGCUCCAAUUCAGCGAUGACACCGCCUCCCUCCUCUCCUCCUUUAGUGACCUCCCCUUCUUCUUACGUCUCUCCUCAUUGGCUGAGUCCGUGGUUGUUGUGACGCCCGGUUCCAGCCCACGUAUUUUUGCCCAAGGGGAUGGAGGCGGGCCUUUACUGCCUGCAGAACUUUUGGUUUCUACCUGCACGGACCAGCCAAUCGCCUCCAACUCCAUCAGCGAUAGGGAUUGGACGGUCACCGGUGGAGGAAGCGGCACCAGGAGGCUGGCAAAGGGAUCUGGUUGGAUAAGAGUCAACCUAGACUUGGGCUUCCUGCAGCCAGUAGGGGAUAAGGACGAUGAUGGGGAGAUGUUUGAACUCGACAUUUCAGGCGCGCCGGAUGAAUCCGACAGCAUCUAUGCAUCAAACUUUGAUGAGGACAAAAGCGAGAAUGUAAACAGCGAUUAUUAUGACAAAACCAGUGGGAAGACAUCUGACAUACGCUGGAACCAGGUGGGGUACGGAGAGAUGGUCAGUCGGAACAACCUGGAAAGAGCUAUGCUGACGCCCAGCCAGGAGGAGGGCGCCGUGUACUUCUCCCCCAGCCAGGAGAAAGACGGAAAGCGGGAGGAGGAGGCGGAAGGUCAAGGAGCUCGAGAGCUUGAGGUCGGAGUGGGUGCCGUCCUCUCUCUGCUCGGUCUCUGCGCUGUCCUCUUCCUGGCAAACUGUCUGCCCUGCGCCCUGCGAGACCGGAAGAAGACAGCCAUGGAGAACGAGAGGGAAGGUGAACCAGAGGGAGGUACGAGAGAAGAUGAGGAAGACGAGUGGAAUAAAAGAGACGGUGAAGAGCAGAUGAAGCAGCAGCAUGAGACCGACAACAAAGAGUAUCGUAAAGAGGUAGAGAUCAUUUGCUGAUGCAUGCACAGGCCCAGCUGAAGUGUAGCUCAAACCUGGAUUCAAAAGUAACACACAGGUCAUUCAUGUAACGGCACACUAAUGUUCCUGUCAUAUUAUGCUAUGAGAUCAUUGGAAAAUGUCCCUUCCCAAAGGACGUUCUCACUCAUCACGUUUUUGAGGGAAUCAUAUUUCCUUCUAAACUGAAAAUUAACAAAAUACUUUGUUAGCUUUAUGGGCAACCAAACUACUGUGUUAGUUUUAAGUUUAAUGUUUUGGCUUGAGAUGAAGACAGUUUUGAGACACAGGACACAAAAUGCAACAAAAGGACAGAAGACGAACAUUGUCCUGGUAAAGGUCCUCUGCUUUCUGACCGGUCCUCCAUCCUCACCUGCUCGCGAUGUCAACUCUUUGAAACUUAUCUGCGAUAUCUUAUCUGUAAUUUGCAAUGCAGUUGUGUUGAACGGUGAUGUCAUUUGUAGAAGACGGGUCUUAGUACUUUAUUCAGUAUCGGGCUGUAUGAAUAUUGGGCGAAUGAACAGCUCACGACUGGUCACCUUCUCCACAUCGAAGAGAUUGUUAUUCAUGAUUGUAGGAGAUGGGAGAGAACACUUUGUUUAAUACAACGCGAGUUCCUUGGGACGCCUCUGAUGCUGCCUCACAAAUCAUCCUCAGCGUCCGUUUACCCACAACGCCACGCGUCUCUGUGUGAGAGCUCACAGACGCAAACAUUAUUCAAGUAAUUAGCAUCCUGAAUCCAGUCGGCUUGUUCUGUCAUGCUUUCUUGAGACCGCGUUUCGUGGCGCCGCACUGGAGGGUUAGGUGUUUGUCCCGAAGAGAAGUACUCUUAUUGUUCUCUUUUUCCUGUUCGGACCUCUUAAACCUUUUUGUGGCACAGAGACGUUUUAAUAAUAAUCCCGCAGAUGCAAUAGAAUGGAUCGUUUU